CGUUAGCUCUCAUCACUGAAUCUGAUUGAAGCGACGCGAUUAUGUGACUAUGCUGAAGGCUAACUGAACUUGACGCGACGAGUAAUGUACCCUGUCGAAAAAGGACAGUAGGAGGAGGACUAGGAGGCGGAGUAGUGGAUGGGACGGAAUCGAAGAUCUGACGAAGGAUCGGCGAACCCGGGCGAAGUGGCGGUCAUUAUGGGGAACCAAUGAGAACCCAAUAAAGGCUUGAGGCUUACUGGAUGACUGCCUUGCUCUUCGCCCGCUACUUGCUCUGAUCCACCACCAUGCCUCGUUUUCUUCAUCUCUAUGCGAUACCGCCUUCUCUAUUAUUCCUCGUCCCGCUUCUCUCCGUCGCCUUUAUUAUUGCCUUUCGUCUUCGCACUGCUUCUCUUCCUCUGUGCUCGUUUAUCCCUGUCUUCACCAUCGCCUUGCUCUCGCUUUUCGUCGGUGGAUUUGGUCUUGCAGCACUAACAGAGCAGUCGGGCAACGCGAUGGAGAGCACUGAGACCGUAUUUCUGACGCUGCUGAGGCUGGAACUCGCGAUAUGCCUCAUUUACCUAAUAUCCGCAUCGGUGAAGCCAGAGACGAUCCCGCGACGUCAGCUUUGUAUGUACAAUGCUAUUCUAGCCCUUGUAAUUCUAUGUGCGACACUGGUUUCGUUUAUUUCGCCUUUCAUACAACCGAAGAUCCCGCUUCUGCUCUCGCCGUUUCUCUAUCUUCUUUUCGCAACGCUUUCUCUUCCGCUUCUCACUUAUAUCUGUCUCGCUGCUCUUUCGCAUCCUGUCGUUCUGAGGCCACCUGCGCCGCAGCCUCUUCGAAUUCCAGCAGUACCACCAUCGGCAUAUUUCUCCACACCUGACACUCCGCCGCCGUCGCCUUCAAGCUUCAAGCGAUUUUCUCUCGAUUUGGCUCGCGAUCCAGGUGUACUCCAAAUUCCCGAACCUAUACGUUCGCAUCCGAGUAUUCCACGUCAAAAGCACACCAAUGACACCAUUCUCCCCAUCCACAUCCACGUCCUGGAGCGACUUACUCGUGACCGAACAACCACGACCCGAGCACCGCGCAGUACUGACGCACAGGGUUAUCAACGCGCCGUAUCCCUACUCCUCCUGGUUGCUCAGGUAUCAGCAUUGUUAACGUUUGCAUUUGAUAUAUGCGUCAUAGUGCUCGUACAAAAUCCUUCGGACGAUCAGGGACGCGCCGGAACCGUUUCAGCGAUCCUGAACGAGAUAAACCUUGGUGUAUGGAACGUCUCCGUUGUAUUUCGGUCCCUAAAAUGCAUCUUCACCGUGUUGUGGGUGGGGUGCAUAAUGGUUGCUUGGCUAGCUCACCUCAGAUCCCCCGUUAAAUGCCCUAUCGCGCCCAUGUCGUGGCCCCCUGCAGCUCCCCGGGAACAGCAUCCUCGCCCACCGAGCACGUCGUCAUCGUUCUGCUCUCCCGGCUUAAAGCGCAGCACAACGAUUUCACGGAUUGCAUCCCGCGUACGUUCGCCUCGGUUAGAGCGUAGUAUCGCUCAUGGGGACCCUUCACCUUCACCGUUACCCCAGCGAGCCUAUUCCAAUAUCUUAGAUGGAAUCAGGAGCAGCUUCCACUCGCAUCGCUCGAGCAUACCCAUCCGACCCCAAUCCAAUUUCACGUCCCAGCCGUGCUCAGAUCCGCAAAGGCGACGACGGAAAUUCCCCUCGCUCCAUAUCACCAUCCCUACAAUUCCGCGAAGACCCCGUUCGCCGGGUUACUUGUAUCCUCCGCAGGCGCAGUCUCCGCCGCGUUCGCCACCGUUGGACAUGUGUAAUCUUAACGACCCUUUUGCUCCGCCUUCGCCGGGGGCAGUAUACUCAUACGAUACUCAGCGGCAGUCCGCCGUGAAUGUCAGCGAAGAGGGUGUUGCGGAGACGCGACUGAGUGCAUGGGGAUCUCUAACGUUACCUCCGAAGAGAUCCCCGCCACGAUUGCGUUCGCGACGAGACGGCGGUGGCGGUACGAGUGGAGGUGGUGGUGGUGCUAUUGUUGAAGAGGCGAUGUUGGCUGAAAAGCUACUCGAAAGAUUAGAUUCGGAAUGUUCGAGUUGAAUCAGUUGAUCUGAUCUGAUCUCUUUAUUUUCCGUUCCCUUUUUUCUCUCUCAUGUUAUUGGGCUGUUGUUACACUGGUUCACGCUUACAGUAUCAGUUAUUCAGGAUGUCUUAAAAGCUUUGUUUUUUUUUAUUCGAUAUUUUUUUUUCUCCGUUUUUGAAUGGUGGUUGUAUUUGUAUUGUACAGUACCUACUUUACGGCGACGCUAGGUGGCCGCGAUAGGUACUGUUGUAGUUGUAGUAGACGUAAGCUUUAUCGCAUACAUGUACAAGUC